GAUUAAUCCUCAACCUGCCGCUCCCGAUACCGCUGUCGCGGUGUCGCGCUGACCACCGCCUGCUGCGUCCGCCCCGCGUCUCUCCUCCCCCUCCUCGCCUGCUCACUCCUUCAGGACCGGCUGCUGCCCACGUUCCUCCGGUACAACACCGCUCCCCGGUGCAUUUUUAGUCCGCUGUAGCACUGUACCAGACCACACAACCACCCGGACAACAUGGCAUCGGGCGUCACCGUCAACGAUGAGGUCAUCAAGGUGUUCAACGACAUGAAGGUGCGCAAGUCUUCGUCGCCGGAAGAUGUGAAGAAGAGGAAGAAGGCGGUGCUGUUCUGUCUGAGUGACGACAAGAAGCAGAUCGUGGUGGAGCCGGGCAAGCAGAUCCUGGUGGGCGACAUCGGGGACACGGUGGACGACCCAUACGCCUGCUUCGUCAAGCUGCUGCCGCUCGGCGACUGUCGCUACGGCCUCUACGACGCCACCUACGAGACCCGCGAGUCCAAGAAGGAGGACCUGGUCUUCAUCUUCUGGGCACCAGAGGGCGCUCCGCUGAGGAGCAAGAUGAUCUACGCCACGUCUAAAGACGCCAUUAAGAAGAAGUUUACAGGUAUCAAACACGAGUGGCAGGUGAACGGUCUGGACGAGGUGCAGGACCGUGCCACGCUGGCGGAGAAGCUGGGAGGCAGCGUGGUCGUCACCCUGGAGGGGAAAGCUCUGUAGGGCCCCGCCCUCCGCCACCUCCUCUACACCUCCUCUGUAGGGCCCCGCCCUCCGCCACCUCCUCUACACCUCCUCUGCUCCUCCAUCACCUACUCCUCCUGACGGUCGUCACCCUGGAGGGGAGAGCUCUGUAGGGCCCCGCCCUCCGCCACCUCCUCUACACCUCCAUCACCUCCUCCUCCUGACGACGCCUCCUCUAAACCCCCUCCUCUUCCUCAUC